CGGGCAUCGUCAUCCCUCCUUCACCUUUCAACGCAUGCUCUCGCCCCUCACCCUCCGACACUGCCACUUUGACCAAAGCUUGACUUUCUUUGGAAUCGCUGGUCUGUCUUUCCUCACGAUCCAUUACGACCAGCUCCUCCGAUAGCUAUGAUCUAGGUGACAUUCCGCGAACAAGUUCCCACAUUCUUCGCCUCGUACCGCGCCGCAGUUACGAUGGCGGGCGGCACUGGCGAGAAGCUCACCACGGCGACCAUCAUCGUCGCUGGCGUCGCCGCUUUAGUAGCCACGUUCCUGUCAGCUAUCUCCAUCUUCCUCCAGGCGAAAAACUAUCGAAAGCCACUUCUCCAGAGAUAUGUCGUUCGAAUCUUGCUCAUGGUUCCCAUAUACUCGAUCGCCUCGUGGACAAGUAUGAUCUCGAUAAGGGCUGCCGCGUUUCUUGACCCCAUUCGAGACAUCUAUGAGGCCUUCACAAUCUAUACCUUCUUCCAACUCCUUAUCAAUUACCUUGGCGGAGAACGAGCCCUGAUCGUCAUGACCCAUGGCCGAGAACCAGUUUCCCAUCUGUGGCCUAUGAACCACGUCCUGCCGCGUGUCGACAUAUCUGACCCCCAUACAUUUCUGGCAAUCAAGCGUGGCAUUCUUCAGUACGCGUGGCUCAAACCUAUUUUAGCGCUGGCUGCCGUCAUCAUGAAGGCCACCGGAACUUACCAAGAGGGCUACAUUGGCGUGGAGUCGGGCUACCUAUGGAGCGGUAUCAUCUACAACAUCAGCGUGACAGUGAGCUUGUACUCCCUUGGGCUGUUCUGGGUCUGCAUGCACAACGACCUUCUGCCCUUCCGCCCGGUGCCUAAGUUCUUGUGCAUCAAGCUCAUCAUCUUCGCCUCGUAUUGGCAAGGUUUUUUCCUGUCUAUUCUCGUCUGGCUGGGGGCCAUUCCAGACAGCGUCGAGGGCUAUAGUCCCGACAAUUUGGCCGCUGCAAUUCAAGAUGCGCUGAUCUGUAUCGAGAUGCCGGCUUUCGCCAUUGCUCACUGGUAUGCCUUCUCGUGGCACGAUUUUGCCGACAACAGGAUAUCGUCUGCGAGGAUGCCUGUCAAGUUCGCCAUGCGCGAUGCGUUCGGCGUCAGGGAUCUCAUCGAAGACUCCAAAGAGACUUUUACCGGUGACAAGUACGGGUAUCGGUUUUUUGACUCGGGUGAUAAAAUUAUGGCACACGAGGAUUCGCGUGCCAGACUGGGGAGACUCGAUGAAGGCAUGCGUUACACGAGGGGCGGCAAAGCGAAGUACUGGAUCCCGACACCUGGUCAGGUGGACCGUCAGACAAAUCGUGACAUUAAUGAGCGAGAUCCCUUACUUCAGGGAACCGCGGGCGGCCCGAGUGAAGAGUACAACUACGCCAACGGUACCUUCAACGAAGAUCUCGCCAAUGACCCCCAGAUAGAUCCCGAUGACGAGCAGCUCUUUGACAAGGCACGCGAGCUUGAGUUUGGCGAUUGGAAUUAUCCCGUCAUCACCGCAAAUGAGCCACUGAGCAAGCGGUAUAUGUCCUCCCAGGGUAGCCUUGGUUUCCAUUCUGAACCACGAUCGACGGUCGAACGUCUGCGGGUGUCGCCACGAAAUAGCGAGCCGGCCGUCGUAGCCAGCAAGAAGAAGAAGAAGCAGAAGAAAGUUGCAGGUGAGCCUCUAGGCUCGUCAUCAUCCCCAGACCGUACCGAGUCAGGAUCCUCGUCUAAGCGACAGAGCCCGGCGCCUCCGCCAGCGAAGGCACCCGCCAAGGCUGAUGAGGUAUCUGAGACACGUCCAAGCGCUCAAAAGGAAUAUAAUCAUCCAGAAGAGUCCCCCCUUCUGCAAGAGGCCAUGGCAUCCCCAUGGGCGGAAAGCGAACAAGAGGAUGACUUCAACGAAAACUUCGGCGUGGGAGAUGAAGACGAGUUCAAGAACGUCUGGAGCGGUGGCGCGUCGUCUCAGCCCCGCUGAUGGAGUGUAAACAAGUCAACCGCUACUUUGCAUAUUUUGAGUUUGAUACCCUUACUCCCGAGUUCUAUGUUUAAGCAAUACUGGCAUAGCGAGGAGUUUGCGAGGAACGCGAGUGCAUGCGUGUCUUGGUCACAACAGUUUACUCACCAAGUGAUCUUGCCGUGGAGCAUUUUAGAAACAAAUAAACGGCUUAGACGGACUGUGGGUUAUAUACAUGAUGUU